GACGUGGAGGGUCCGGGAGAGGGGAGGGGGGGAGGGGAGGCCGGACGUGUCCGGAAGUCGGGUCCGGAGCCGGCCAACUGCAAGGCGCUGACGAUGCUGAAAGCCGUGAUCCUCAUCGGGGGACCCCAGAAGGGGACGCGAUUCCGACCUCUCUCCUUCGAAGUGCCGAAGCCUCUGUUCCCGGUGGCUGGAGUCCCCAUGAUCCAGCACCACAUCGAGGCCUGUGCUCAGGUGCCAGGAUUGCAGGAAAUCCUGCUGAUUGGAUUCUACCAGCCGGAUGAGGCUCUCAGUCGCUUUCUGGCCGGCGCCCAGAGGGAGUUCAACAUCCCCAUCAGGUACUUGCAAGAGUUUGCCCCGUUGGGCACGGGCGGGGGCCUCUACCAUUUUCGGGACCAGAUCCUAGCCGGUGGCCCCGAGGCCUUCUUCGUGCUCAACGCCGACGUCUGCUCCGACUUCCCCCUGGCCGCCAUGUUGGCGGCCCACCGGGCCCGGCCCCGCCCCUUCCUCCUGCUGGGGACCACGGCUAACAGGACGCAGUCCCUCAACUACGGCUGCAUGGCGGCCGACCCCGACACCCAUGAGGUCCUUCACUACGUGGAGAAGCCGAGCACGUUCGUCAGCGACAUCAUCAACUGCGGCAUCUAUCUCUUCUCUCCCGAGGCCCUACAGCCCCUGGGAGACGUCUUGCAGAACAAUCAGCUGCAGGAGAAGGGUCUCGGAGUAGCGUGGCCGCGCGGCAUGGUGAGCCUGGAGCAGGACGUGUUCACCGCCUUGGCUGGCCAAGGCCGACUCUUUCUGCACCUGACGCACGGUCUCUGGAGCCAGAUCAAGUCCGCGGGCUCGGCCCUCUACGCCUCCCGCCUCUACCUGAGCCGCUACCAACACAGCCAUCCCGAGCGUCUGGCUCAGGACUCUCCGACCGGGCCCCGCAUCCGAGGAAAUGUUUACAUCCACCCGACAGCCAAGGUCGCGUCGUCGGCCGUGCUCGGUCCUAACGUGUCCAUCGGGGAGGGAGUGACCGUAGGAGAGGGGGCCCGCGUGCGAGAGUCCAUCGUGUUACACGGGGCGGCCCUGCAGGAGCACACGUGUGUGCUGAACAGCAUCGUGGGCUGGGGAAGCAGCGUGGGCCGCUGGGCCCGGGUGGAGGGGACCCCCAGCGACCCCAACCCCAACGACCCCCACGCCCGCGUGGACAGCGAGAGCCUCUUUCGAGACGGGAAGCUGCUUCCCGCCAUCACGAUACUCGGUUGCCGGGUGCGGAUCCCGGCCGAGGUCCUGAUCCUCAACGCCAUCGUUCUCCCGCACAAGGAGCUGAGCCGAAGCUUCACCAACCAGAUCAUCCUCUGACCCCUCACCCCCGCCCCCUCCCCCGUCCCCGAGGACCACCUGCGGACCCGAGGGGCCACCGGGCCCAGGCUGGGUGGGGGGAGCACCGGGCCCUGGGGGUGGGCAACCGAGUCAGGGCCCGCCCCCCCUCUAUUAGCAUUUAAAUUGGAGUCGCGGCCCGCAGGCUCAUGAAUAAUGAAUCGGAUUCCCGGCUCCGAGGUGACCCUCCGCCCCAGCUCCGCCUGACCCAGGCCUUGUGGGGAAGGGGAGUCGUCCGGAUCGCCCCCCGCCCUCCUCCCCCCUCACCGAGAACAUGCUCUCCAGAGAUUUCUGUC